UUCUAUGCGGUUGACGUCAACAACAGUGUCAGUACAAUAUAGAGGUUGUAGAUCUGUUGAAAUGUUGUCGAAGUUGGAAUAUCUGUUUAUUUCGCUGAUAAUAUUAUGUCGAUUUAGCUUUGGAUAUAAAUGCAAUGCUAAGCCAAACAUGAAUCCUCAAUUCGAUACUCUGGUGUUUGUCCAGCAGUGGCCGCUUACAUUUUGUCAAAGUUUGAUGAAUCAAGAAAAAGAAUGCAAAAUACCAGCACAAAAAGGAACUUGGACAAUACACGGUAUAUGGCCUUCACGGUUCCAUACAAACGCAGCCGACCAGCCUAGUUGUUGCGACUCUACAGUUUAUUUGGAUAAAAAGGGAUUGCAACCAAUAAAGGAACAACUGACACUCUACUGGCCAACCGGACAAAAAGAUAGAUCGGACGAAAGUUUCUGGGAGUAUGAAUGGAUGAAGCAUGGGACGUGUAGUGUGGGCAUCGAGGGUCUCAGUUCUUCUACCAAUUUCUUUACUGCGGCAUUGCAUUGGCUAGCUGAAUACAACAUGACUUCAAUACUCGCUAAGUCGAACAUUAUUCCCGACAACGAAAAGGCAUACAAGUUGCUGGAUGUACACACAGCGAUAAAAAGUGUCCUCAACAGGAACCCAUCGAUCAAUUGUUACAUUGACACGAAAACCGGUGAACAAUUUCUCAGCGAAGUCCGUAUAUGCUUCGAUCGUCAACUAUCGAUCGUCGAUUGUGACGGUAUGAAUCGGAGAACGAACAGGGAUAACAUAAAUACGAAUUGUCAGAACAAACCGAUCAAUUAUCGGGGCUACGGACCCGAUCAUACAUCUGAUUGGUUCACAUACGUCGGCUAUUUCGGUCUUAUUGUAUUUGUUAUUGUUGUAGGCGUAGGCCUUCUGAUGAAAGACUCUAGCAUAAGACAGAGAAUAUUUGGAAAUCAAAGGUGACUCGAACGUUCAAUAAAAGAUCGAUAAUUUGGUUGUUAUAUGUGUUCGCUGGGUGGUACGGUCAGCAAUUCAUUCAUCACUAAUUAAUUUCCACGAUAGUUACUCUUUGGUUUUGCAUUUUUUGUUACUUGAGAAUUUUGAAUAAAUUGUUAGUUUCAA